AUGAGGAACAUGUUUAGGAUGAAGCUAGAUUACAACACUUCGUACAGAGCUUUGUUAUCUGCGCAAGAGUUGGUGAGAGGAACAACAGAAGAUGGAUAUGAGAAUCUUCAUUCUUAUUUGCGUCAGAUCGAGAUAUCGAAUCCGGGUACUGUCACAUGUCUUGAUAAAGAUGGUGAAAACAGAUUUAAGUAUCUAUUCCUAUCUUUUGGAGCUUCGAUAGCUGGUUUUACCUAUCUUAGGAGGGUUAUUGUGGUGGAUGGGACUCAUCUACGUGGGAAGUAUGAAGGAGUUAUGCUAGUUGCGGCUGCCAAGACGUAUGCUUUUGUGAUAGUUUCUGACAAGCACGGUUCCUUUAAGAAGGCGUGUGAGAAGGUUUUCCCUUGGGCAAGACGAGGAAUAUGCUAUUAUCAUCUACAACAGAACAUGGUCCAAAAGUUCAAGGGAAAUCAGAUGUUGUACUUGGUCAAAGGCGCUGCUUAUGCACAUACACUUUUCGAUUUUAACCGAUACAUGGAUGAGAUACGGAGUGACAUAUACAAUAUAAAGACUAGCAAGAUCGCAAAAUCUAUCAACUCCGCACUUAAGCCAGCCAAAGGAUUCCCAGUCUCAUUCCUUUUAGAAUUUAUACGCGAGAAGCUUGGAAGGUGGUUCUUUAAAAGGAGAGAAGAUGCUUUGAGUCUCACUUCACAUCAUAAUCGGGGAGUUGAAAACUUGUUGGCUAUUCGUGAAGAGUAUGCAGAUAUGAUGAAUGUGGAGCGUAUUGAUGGUUGGCAAUUUGUUGUGAGAGGAGGACAUCGAGAUUGUGUUUAUGACUUGGAACUUCGAAGGUGUCAAUGUAGUGUGUUUGAUAUUGAGAAGAUACCUUGUUCACAUACCAUUGCAGCUGCAAAGGAUGCAAAUAUUCAUGUCUCUACGCUUGGAUGCCCAUCCUAUUCAAAGAAUUAUCUUUAUGCAGCAUACGCGGCAAAUAUAUAUCCCAAAAGUGACUUUUUGGAAUCUCCCAACACUGAUGACACAUCACCUGCCAAUGAAGAAUGA